AUGUGCAGAGGAAGAGAAGCAAUAAAAGAAGAAGAAGAAGAAGAAGAAGAAGAGCCUCAAAUUUAUGCAGUUUCCUGUGAGCUUUGCAAUUCAGAGGCUUCAUUAUAUUGCCAGGCUGAUGAUGCCUUUCUGUGCAAGAAAUGUGAUAGAUUUGUUCAUGCUGCAAAUUUCUUAGCCCAGAGACACAUCAGAUGCUUGCUUUGCACCACUUGUGGAAGUUUUACACAACGAUAUCUGGUUCGAACUUCGGUCGAGGUGGUUCUUCCCACAAUUGUUUGCUUGAAGGGGAGAGGCAGUGGAUUUGAUCAAAAUCUUGAAGAAAAGUACAUUAUAAAUCGGAAAGAACCUUUCUUGUUUCUUUGA